AUGGACGAAGAGUACGACGAAGAGUUCGGCGACGACGUCCUGCCCACGGCCGCGCCCACGGCCGCGCCCACGGCCCGCGCCGAGGCGCCGGCUAUCGUCGUCGAUGACGAAGAAGAGGAAGACGACGAGCCGCUGUACGGGACCGUGACCGUGACGGACGCCGCUGCUGGUGCCGCCGAGGCCACCGCCGCCCAAGACGACGAGGACGAGGACGACGAUGAGGAUGAGGACGAAGGCAUCGCGAUCGUGCUCAAAGAAACGGAAGAGUCGCCAUCCAAGUCGAGCAAGCUCCGCUUCGUGCGCGGUGGCAACCAGUACGUGCGCGACGAGCAUCCGCUGAGCACGCCGCCGCUGCAGCCGCGCAACCCUGGCGACCAAUACGAGCCGACGUUCGAGGAGCUCUCGCUGCUCGGAAUCGGCGGUCGGCGCACGGCCUUUGACGUCGACAUUGACCAGCUCGAAGAAAAGCCAUGGCGCAAGCCGGGCGUCGAUAUCUCCGACUACUUCAACUACGGCUUUGACGAAGCAUCAUGGCGCGACUACUGCGCCAAGCAGCUCCAGAAGCGGCGCGAGCUUGCUUAUCAAAAGACGCAGGAAAAGGAAGCGGAGGAGAAGGAGAAGGCGGCGGCGGCGCUCAAGGCCGCGUCCGCCAUGUCGGACCCUGGUUUCCGCAUGAUGGGCCAGGGUGGUCCUCGCGGCCCGAUGUACCCGCCCCGGGGGCCGCCGCCGCCGUGGCACCAGCCGCCGCCAUGGCACAUGCGUGCGCCGCCGACGCAUCCAGGCGGCUCGUCCGACGAUCGCAAAGACGGGUACAAGUCGGGGUCGUCGGCCCGCAACGACAAGUCGUCCCGGAGCGAUUCGCGGGGUCGGUCGCGCUCUCGCGACCGUGACCGGCAUGAUGACAAGCGUCGCGACGAUGACAAGCGCCGAGACGACGAUAAGCGGCGUGGCGACAGCCGGAGCUCGCGCAGCAGCCGUCGGUCGAGAUCCCGGUCGCGGUCCCGUGACCGCAGCAAGCGGGACCGCUCGCGCUCUCGCGACCGCAGCAAGCGCAGCUCGAGCAGCCGCGACUACGACCGCCGACGAUAA